ACAGCACGCUGGGCUCUUCGCGCCGGCCAUGGCGCGUCCUUGGAGGCCGAGGCCGGCUGCGCGCUUGUUGGCGGUGGGCGCGGUGGUGACAAUUGCCAUCGGCAAGCUGAGACCACUCUGCAGCCAGGCAGACGGCGAGGCCAGUGGGUCAAGCAGACCGAACACGGCUGCCACGAGUUCAUCUGCUGCAAGCGCCUCUUUGGAGGAGGAUGUUAGACCGGAUACGGAAACUGACGAGUGGUGGGCUGGUCUUGAGGAAAACAUAGGAGAGGUCUCCCCCACGGAGUAUCAGCUACACGCUGGCGUUGGAGCAGUGCGUACGGGCGAGUUGCACGUCAAUGCGGCUGGUCUCAUUGCUCCAGGUAAAGACAGCGUGCUCGACGACUGGCAGGUAGAGUACCAGAAGCGCAUGCCGAAGUUGGGAGCACGGCUUCGUGGGUGGCAGCCCAGCAUGCGGACACGCGUGGCCAAAGAUAGUGUUGGAGCUUCGCUGCGCUUGUCCAAAGCAUUGCUUCACGAAGAGGGCGAGAGCCCAUCAAAUACGCAACCUGAUGGCACUGGCUUGGACCUGCUCCUGGAGACCUCUAUGCAGGCUCCCCGCAUCUCCAAAGCUGAGACAAACUGGGAGCAGCGGGCAGAACUCAUUGUGGGACCUCGCGCACAAGCGAAGUACCUCAACCUUAGUUUGCCAGUGGGAGUCAAGAUUGGCGCGGUGAUGUCUGCGAAGCCUCCGGAACGGUCUGGCGUAGGCUUUGAAGACGAAAGUGUGCCAGCCAGAGUUCCGAGGUUUUAUGUAGAUCUUGCCUGGCCUCUGCAAGAGCUGAAAGGUUGGCUGGUCGAAGGACAAACAUUUCACCGAAAAGCGGGUGCUCUGAGCGGGCAGGUGCGACGGGGAUGGAGGAGCAAGAAUCAGCCUCUUCCAACUGAUUGGUCCGUGCAGCACUUCAAGCAGCAUGGUCCCCUCAGGCUCCCUGGAUUUGUUGGAGACAGUAUGGACGCGGCCUCUUCCUUUCUUCAAGAUCGCUGGAACACUUUGUGGGGGAGAUCCUCCCCGCACCUUCCGCAGCCCGCUCCAAGACCUUCCGUUGUGCCUGCCACCAAGCUGAGAUUUGGGAGCGAUGGACCUGGCGCGUUGCUAGGCUUGCAGAGCCUCCAGUCCGGCCUCGGAGGCUCUGGCUUCGAUGGAAUGGUGGAAGUCAGUAGACUUGGCUGGGGGGCCAAGCUGGCUCUCGCCCUUGGCGUGGCCGAUGAAGGACUUGGCCAGCCGCGUUAUGCGAUUACGGCAGCAGGACCUUGGCACAACAAGACCUCCAUCAUGCACGAGCUGAAGUGGAUGCUGGCAGAUGGACAGUGGGUAGGUGUCACCUGCCAGAAUGGAGGUCCUGGCAGGCCACCUCGUAUUCAGGCAGCAGUGGAGCUGGUUCGUUGACAGGCACAGGCCGGGCGUGCAUGGGCACGCCACGGCAUGCUCUUAAAUUCUGUUCAACGGCGCAAAAGCCGGGCGUGCAUAGGCACACCACGGCAUGCCCUUGAAUUCUGUUCAUCGGUGCAGUGAUACCGCAGUUUGUACAUGCAGAUGCAGAUGCUGGCAAGUUUUCUUGCGGUCGGCAGAAAUUGCAAAGUGUGCUCUGCGUUGAUGAAAAAGAGGCCAGCUCUUCUAGUUUCCUCUGCAUGCCUCAAUGCUUGUGGAAUCUUGACAAGCAAUGGGC